AUGACCCAAUAUUUUGAUCAAGUUGAAAUUGAGCUGUGGUCCCUCGACGGUCUGGCCGAGUGGUGUGCCCUCAAUGUUUCAUGCGACAAAAAAAGAAUUUUAGAUGGCAUGAAAAAAGGAAUACAUGAUGUACUUAAUAAAUCUGCCUCAGAAUAUGCUAAACUGAAGGCCAAUAAUAUGCUCAAGAAUUUGGAGGGAAUUCGCUGUAGUUUAAGAAUGCUUUAUCCUUCUGUAGCACAUUUCGGGACUGUUAGUCGGCUGGGUGUUGAACUGUUAACUUGGAAAUUGGAUAAAAACAAGAGCAAUUUUUUCGAGUGUUUAGAGAAUCUGAAGAAAAUAAGAAAUGAUGAAACACUUCAACUGGCACAAAUCAAAAGUGAAGAAACUAUACAACUGGCUGAGAUCAAGUCGAAAAAUUUGCAAGAACAUACCAUCAAAGUAGUGAAAUUUCAUAAGAACAUCGCUGAAGAUCUCACCACUGUUGAUCGUAAAAGGAAAGAGAGUCCAUUAGAUGAAGAUGUGGAACAAGAAUAUGAUGCGAAGACGACGUCAGCUGAGAACUUCAAGAAACGUUUAUUAGAUUUUGAUUAUGAUUCUGAUAGCUCUAUCGACGAAGCCGAAGAUUCAGAGGAUGAGACUUUCGAUCUUAGCAAAUUUACAUUUGAUGGGUGGGUUGAUAAAUGUGAUAAGAAAAGAUGGACUUUAAGCAGUGGCGAAAAAGUCAGGGAUUUUUUACUAAAAAUGACACGUAAAGAAAUUGAAAAAGUAAACCAAUUAGAGAAAGUAGACGGAAAGAUUCUGAGCAUCAUAAGACUUGGUCUGUCAUCAAUAAUCGAUCUGUCAUCGGAGUUCGAUAAAGGAAUGUGUACAUGGUUUGGGGAAAAUUGGGAAGACCUGAAAAUGAAAGUUUCGAAGAAUAUAAAUUUCGAAGUAAAAAAAUUAGAAGGUGACACUUUAUCUGAUGCCAUUAAAAUGGAAAAGUUAUGUGCCACAUACCACUACUGGGAAGCACGCGCUUAUCUACUAGAUAAAUUAAAAGAAAGGCCAAUUGAUGACAAACAUCGACAAGUUUUAAAAAUAUAUUAUCAUCUAAUCGACAUGCUGUUAGAAAAUCCUUGUACCUUUGUUAAUAAGGAAGGAGGAAAAAAGAAUUUGACAGAAAUCGAAUAUAUUAUGAAAGUUUCGAGUCCCAUAUUGGAAAUAAUUUUUUCGAAUGAUCAUGAUUUAGUCUAUCUUAAAUGGGGCGAGACAGUUUCUAAAUCAACUUUAAAUCGAAAGAUAGAUUUGAGGGUACUGACUGCUAAAGGCGAUAUAGAGUUAUCACAUUCAGAAUUUGCACGCAAAGCAACACCAGUAAAAAUAAUCAAAGAUCGCAGAAGCUGUCGAAAAUUCCACUUUGGAAUACAAUCAGCCGGUUUAGAAGGACAACUCUUCGCUAUUGAUUUACUUGAUAAUGGGUUGUACUUUAGUUUGGAUGGUCCAACGUAUAGAUUCCCUGCACAACUAUGCGACAUUAAUACGUUAAGAAAUUCACUCAAAGUUUUAUAUUUUUUUAAGGAAAAUGCAAUCAGUAAAGUCAAGUAUUUGUCUUGUGAUAAUGGUAAUGGCAUUGCGAAAAUACUUCAUUCAAGAGCAAUAACCACAAAACCUAAACAUCACAAGAUUAGCUAUAUUAAGAAGACAUAUUUUACGCCAAAAGAAUCUAUAUCCAGUGAAAUCAAGGCUCUAUAUUCACGAGAAUAA